CAAGAAUUACUCGUGGAAAAAAUCUCCGGCCCGCAAAGGCCUCUCCUCUCGUAUUUCAUUAUACUGCUUUCCUGCAUUUCAUUCCCUCUGUCGUAUUCCCCCUCCUUCGCUGGCUCUCUCUAAAAAGGGUAUCAGAGGCGGCAUGGCGAUCUUAGGGGAGGAGGGCGAGGUCCAGCCCUUGGGCUUGUUCCUUUCCAUCGGAUUGGAUCGACGCACGGCGGAGAACGCCCUCGUAAACCCUAAGGUCACCGCCAACCUCACGGCGGUCAUCAAAGAGGCUAAAGUUGUAGAUGGAUGCAGCAAGACUGUUGGGAAUCUGUUAUAUACGGUUGCAACGAAAUACCCAGCCAAUGCACUCGUCCACCGCCCAGUUUUACUGGAAUACAUUAUUUCGUUGAAGAUAAAGAACCCUGCCCAGCUAGAUGCAGCGCUAACAUUUCUUUCAAACGUGGGUCCUGAAGCUUUUCAGUCGAAAGAUUUUGAAGAAACUUGUGGCGUAGGCGUGGAGGUUUCCAUUGAAGAAAUUCAGUCAGCAGUUACUGCAGUUCUGAAAGAAAAUAUGGAAGACAUUUUGGAAUUGCGCUAUCAUAUAAAUGUUGGGAACCUUUAUGGACAAGUUAGAAAGUGGCACCCAUGGGCUGAUGCUAAAAUUGUGAAGGAAGUGAUUGAUGAAAAGCUUCAUGGGAUUCUUGGUGAGAGGACAGCAGCUGAUGAUAAAAAGCCUUUGAAAAAGAAGAAGCAAAAACCUGUGAAUGUUGAGGAUCGAAAGAAUGAUGUAGUUACUUCUGACCCACCCUCUGAAGAGGACAUUAACCCUUUCUCUAUAUUUCCACAACCAGAGGAAAACUCCAAGGUUCACACAGAGAUAUUCUUUAGCAAUGGAGCUAUAUGGAGAGCUCACAACACGAAGGAGUUGCUAGAGAGGCAUCUUAAAGCAACUGGAGGAAAAGUUCUCACUCGCUUCCCACCUGAACCUAAUGGAUACCUACAUAUUGGUCAUGCUAAGGCUAUGUUUAUUGAUUUUGGUCUGGCAAAAGAGAGAGAUGGAUCAUGUUAUUUGAGAUUUGAUGAUACCAACCCCGAAGCUGAGAAAAGAGAAUACAUUGAUCAUAUCCAGGAAAUUGUCCAGUGGAUGGGUUGGCAGCCAUUCAAGGUGACAUAUACCAGUGACUACUUUCAAGAUUUAUAUGAACUUGCUGUUGAGCUGAUACGAAGAGGACUAGCUUAUGUUGAUCAUCAGAGCCCUGAAGAAAUCAAGGAGUAUCGUGAGAAAAAGAUGAACAGUCCAUGGAGGGAUAGACCGAUUGAAGAAUCAUUAAAGUUGUUUGAUGAUAUGAAGCGGGGCUUGAUUGAUGAGGGCAAGGCAACACUUAGGAUGAAGCAAGAUAUGCAGGGUGAUAAUAAAAAUAUGAAUGAUUUGGUAGCAUAUCGUAUUAAGUUCACACCCCACCCACAUGCGGGUGACAAAUGGUGUAUAUAUCCGAGUUAUGAUUAUGCUCACUGCAUUGUGGAUUCUCUUGAAAACAUCACGCAUUCACUAUGCUCACUAGAAUUUGAAAUUCGUCGUCCUUCAUACUACUGGUUACUGGUAGCAUUGGGCCUUUACCAACCAUAUGUUUGGGAAUACUCACGGUUAAAUAUUUCAAACACAGUUAUGUCUAAGCGCAAGUUGAACCGGCUCGUUACUGAGAAGUGGGUGGAUGGCUGGGAUGAUCCACGUCUAAUGACUCUAGCUGGGUUGAGACGUCGAGGAGUGUCUUCAACUUCAAUUAAUGCUUUCAUUCGAGGAAUUGGAAUUACAAGAAGUGAUAAUAGUAUGAUACGCUUUGAUCGUCUUGAGUAUCACAUAAGAGAAGAGCUCAAUAAAACUGCACCUCGAACUAUGGUGGUGUUGCAUCCUCUUAAGGUUGUCAUCACAAAUCUUGAUAGUGGAUCAACAAUAUAUCUUGAUGCAAAGAUCUGGCCUGAUGCUCCUUCAGAUGAUGUUUCUUCUUUUUACAAGGUUCCUUUCACAAAAGUUGUAUAUAUUGAAUGCUCAGAUUUUCGCCUCAAGGAUUCGAAAGAUUAUUAUGGGCUUGCCCCUGGUAAAUCUGUUCUCCUCAGAUAUGCCUUCCCUAUUAAAUGUACGGAAGUUAUAUAUGGGGAUAAUGCAGAUAAUAUUGUCGAGAUCCGAGCUGAGUAUGAUCCUUCAAAGAAAACAAAACCAAAGGGUGUUCUUCAUUGGGUUGCUCAACCUUCUUCUGGGGUUGACCCUCUCAAGGUUGAAGUCAGAUUAUUUGAGAAAUUAUUUCUUUCAGAGAAUCCUUCUGAGCUGGAGGAUUGGCUAUCUGAUUUGAGUCCCCAUUCUAAGGAGGUGAUACCAGAAGCAUAUGCAAUACCUUCACUUGCUAGCGCUGUAGUGGGUGACAAGUUUCAGUUUGAAAGGCUCGGCUAUUUUGCUGUGGAUCCAGAUACCACUCCAGGAAAGCUGGUCUUCAACAGAACUGUUACCCUUCGUGAUUCCUAUUCAACAAAAGGUGGAAACAAAUAGGUUCAUGUAUGCCACCGGAGCUGUUCUUUUUCUAGCUACGCUUGUAACAUGACAAGAACAAGGCUCUGCUGAAAGCAUCAUGGUAACUCAGUUGCUCAAAACUAUAGAUUCAAGAUGUAAGAUUUUGCCUCUCUUUUCUUUCUUUCCUCUCUAUCAUAUUUCUGAUAUUUCAAUUUGCCACCUGUACUUAUAUUUUUUGGAAAUGAUCCACAAUCUGUUGUUGUCUAGGGAAAACAUAACUCAGGCUGUCAUUAACAAUAACCUUUCUCGCUUUUUAGGCUAGCUUUUUCUGUCUGACUUAGCUAUUUAGAUUGUGGUCUAAUGUGGAGUUCUUGUGGAAUGCUGGUUCAUGCUGAUAUAAACACAAUGGUGAGAGAUUUUUUUUUUU